CAUCAAAGCAGAUUGAAGUUAUGAUAGAAGCCCAUAGGAACUCACACACACCCUCUGAGAUGAUAAAUGACUCGUAAGGAAAGAGAGACGUGUUGCGUCUCCUGCUCAUGCGUUUCAUGAACGCACAAGAAGGAUCUGAUGGGACUGUGUGCAGGACAACAGCACUAACUCAACGACAAGGGAAUGGGCGUUUGCUGAAGCUGACCCCCCAAAAAAUCCUCCAAUUUACUGGAGCUGAAAAGGGAGGAGAGAAGCAACAGAUCUGAAUAAACACGGGAAGAGUCAAUACAUAGUAUAUUUUCCUCUGCUGGAUUUGGAUCACAUUUGAUGUGAAAGUUCCAGAUGUUGACAGGUGCUGUUUAUCACCAUGGCGUCCCUUCUGAUGUUUGUCACACUGCUUCAUCUCAUCACACUGGCGGUUCUCUUCAUCGCCACCAUGGAGAAGUCCUGGUGGGUUUGGGACGGCACAGAACACUCAGACCUCUGGUACAACUGCCGAUUCGACAAUGAAACAGAGGCAUGGUUCUGUUCAUCAUCAGAAGAGACGGAGUGGCUUCAGGCUGUCCAGGUUCUGAUGAUCCUGUCUGUGGUUUUCUCUGCCAUCUCAUUCCUGAUAUUCCUGGGACAACUCUUCACCAUAUCUAAAGGAGGACUCUUUUACCUCACCGGCAUCUGCCAGGCAUUUGCAGGCCUCAUCGCAUUCACCGCUGUGCUCAUUUACACUCUGCACAAUAAAGAAAUCCUUCAGGACUCUCGGGAGUUGAGCUCGGGACAUUUCGGCUACUGCUUUUACUUGGCAUGGGUUUGUGUACCUCUGCUCCUGUGCAGUGGAAUCAUGUACAUCCAUCUGCGCAAAAGGCAAUAGAAACAAGUCUCCUAAAAAAAAAAAAAAAAGACAAGUCAUGCGAAGAAUGUUCGCUGUUGACAUACUCUACUGAUUGAUUAUAGACUUUAUGCUAGCUUAUUUUUCAUUUAUUUAGACUGUAUUUAGCCAUAUAUAAAUAUACCCAGCUGAAAUAUGGCCCCAACAGCUCAUGCCCAGGAUCAGCACAGCGUAGUUAACUCUUAAAGGGCAACCACGACUAAUCUAUCUAAUUAGCUGAAUUAUAUAUAAUUUAAUUAUAAAUGGGGCCAUGUAACUUAAUCUUGUUUCAUACUCAAGGGAUACUUGUAUAUAUUAUAGUGGUAUCCAUAUGCUAAAAUUUUAAGGUGUAUUUUUAUAAAUAAAUUUGAUUAAGACAUUAA